GCGGGUAAUCAGCUCCCUUUCCUCUUUUCCCCACCUCUUCUAGGUUUUUGGGAGUACUGCGGAGCUACCGGACCUGAUGCGGGCGCCCGGUCGUGGACAGUCCCAUCCUGCUCCUCUACAACUCGGGGUGCUCCCGCGCCCAGACUGGUAUCCUGGGAGUGUGACUUGCAGGGUCCGCCAUGGAGCCAGAGCAGAUGCUGGAGGGACAGACGCAGGUUGCAGAAAAUCCCCACUCUGAAUAUGGUCUCACAGACAACGUCGAGAGGAUAGUAGAAAAUGAGAAAAUUAAUGCAGAAAAGUCAUCAAAACAGAAAGUGGAUCUCCAGUCUUUGCCAACUCGUGCCUAUCUGGAUCAGACAGUUGUGCCUAUCUUAUUACAAGGACUUGCUGUACUUGCGAAGGAAAGACCACCAAAUCCCAUUGAAUUUCUAGCAUCAUAUCUUUUAAAAAACAAGGCACAGUUUGAAGAUCGAAACUGACUUAUUGGGAAGAACAGAAAAAUUUGGUUUCUACUGUAGAUUUACAUGAUUAAGAGGCAGCUUUAAUUGCCAUGAUUUCCCCCCAACCCCUUUUUGGAAGAAUAAGAACCUUCAGGACAACAGAACUUAUUUCGGAGUUGCAGAAGAAGACAUCAUUUCCCUUACUGAUUUAAUCACAAACUUAUUUAAUAAAUGUGUUCCAUGCAAUUUUUUUCAGAUUGUCUUUAACUUUGUUUUUAAAAUGACCUUCAAAAUAAACUGUUAAAACAUCA